UUUGACAGAGCGGAAAUUUACUAGGAAGUAAGAUUAGAUAAUGUGGGUAUUGUUGCUGAUUAACCAAAGUGUAUUUUCAGUCUGUUCACCUAAGAUAAAAUUGCUAGUAUUUUCUUUAGUGACAAGCAUUGUUAAUAAACUUUGAAAAAUAUAAGGAAGACAUCAGUGAGAACAGAAAGGAGUCUCAGCGGUGACAUGGAUUUGAAGGUAAGCAGCCCUAAGGAGAUCGCUAAGCUCUACCGGGAGCAGAGUCACUUCUCAUCCCUGAGCCGUGCCGACGUAGGACCGGUGAUCACGUCUCAAUAUGGAGGAAAAUACAACAACAUCUCCACAGAGUGGACUCAGCGGGAUCUGGAGAGGAAUGAGAUUGUUACAUUUUGCCGGCAGUACAUCGUGUUUCAUGAUGACAAAUUGAUAGUCUACUCCGGGCCUUCUGGUAACUGCACAGAGAUCAAGGGAGAGCUGCUGAGCCAGGACUCUCCUUCUGGAGAAAUGAAGGCUGUAGUGAGGGAGUGUUCCAUUAAAGGAGAGGAGAAACAGUUUCUUGAGAUCUGGCAUAAGAACAGUAAGAUAAAAAGUCUCAACCUGACUGCACUGAAAAAGCAUGGAAAGGUGUAUGAGGAUGAACAGUUUGGCUGCCUGGUCUGGUCUCACUCUGAGACUCAUCUCCUUUAUGUGGCUGAGAAAAAGCGUCCCAAGGCAGAGUCCUACUUCCAGUCCGAGUCUGAAUCCGGUUUGCUUGGUGAUGAUGAGGACGUAAUAAAGGCUGGGAAGCAGGAGGAUACUGUCAAGGGUAACCAGUUUGUUUAUUAUGAGGACUGGGGUGAGGCUUUGGUCAGUAAGAGCACCCCGACACUUUGUAUUUUGGAUAUUGAGGGCAACAAUGUUUCUGUCUUGGAGGGAGUACCAGAGGAUAUUUCUCCUGGACAGGCAUUCUGGGCACCUAAUGACACAGGCGUGGUGUUUGUGGGAUGGUCACACGAGCCAUUCAGACUGGGCCUGAAACACUGCCCCAAUAGACGGUCUUCUCUCUUUUAUGUGGAUCUCACUGGUGGAAAAUGUGAAAAGUUGUCUGACUCCACCGCAGUCUGCUCUCCUCGUCUGAGUCCAGAUCACUGCCGCAUUGUCUAUUUUGAGUGUGAUGUGUAUGGCCCACAUCAACAAUGCAACAAGCUCUGCAUGUAUGACUGGUAUACAAAGAAGACGUCAGUGGUAGUUGAUGUGGUCAAGAGAGGCAGAGAAGAUGGCUUUACUGGUAUCUACAGCUCCAUGCUGUCUCAUCAGUGCUGGUCAGCUGACAGCCAGAGAGUUCUUAUAUCAUCUCCUCAGAGAAGCCGUAAGGACAUUCUAGUGGUUGAUACUUCCACAGGCCAAGUUACAUCUCUUACCUCUAAGUCAGACAUGGGAAGUUGGAGCCUGCUGACUAUCCACAGGGAUUUGAUGGUGGUCAGCUGCUCAUCUCCAAACUGUCCUCCAAGUCUGAGGGUGGGCUUUCUGCCAGCAAGUGGUUCAGAAGAAGAGGUGUCAUGGGUGACACUAGAGGACGCUCAAAUGCAGCCUGAAAUUGACUGGCAGAUUCUUACUUUCACCCCACCUCCAGAGGAGGACAACAAACAAUACCCUGGUCUGGACUUUGAAGCCAUUCUGCUGAAACCAAAAGAUGUGAAAGAGGGAACAAAACUACCAGUCAUUGUCAAGCCACAUGGUGGACCUCACUCUGUAAUAGUGACAGAGUGGCUCUUAAGCUCAGCAGUUCUCUGCAGGAUGGGUUUUGGUGUCUUACAUGUUAAUUACAGAGGCUCUCUUGGGUACGGGCAGGACAGCAUCUUCUCCCUGCCUGGAAAUAUUGGCACCCAGGAUGUCAAAGAUGUCCAGUUUGCUGUUGAGAGCAUUUUAAAGCGAGGCGACUUCGACAGAGAGAAGGUUGCUGUUAUUGGGGGCUCCCAUGGAGGAUUCUUGGCUUGUCACCUAAUUGGUCAAUACCCAGACUUUUACAAAGCAUGUGUUGUUCUGAAUCCAGUCACCAACCUGGCGUCCAUGAUUGGCAGUACUGACAUUCCUGACUGGUGUACGGUGGAAGCUGGGUGUGAUUAUAACACUAACACCAUGCUGAGCUCUUCUAUGUUGGAGCAAAUGUUAAACAAGUCACCCAUCAAACAUGUCACACAGGUAAAGGCUCCUGUGCUGCUUACCUUGGGAGCGAAAGAUAAGCGUGUGCCUAAUAAGCAGGGCAUCGAGUACUACAAAGCUCUGAAGGCUUUGCAAGUACCUGUCAGGUUGUUAUGGUAUCCAGGUAACAACCAUUCUUUGUCCAAAGUUGAUGCAGAAUCAGAUGGAUUUAUGAACAUUGCGCUGUGGAUCAUCCAGCAUCUCAAUCUAUAAUCACCAGAGAUGAUGUAAUAUACUUAUAAUGGCCUUACAUAUUUAAAUGAAAAUAUAGGCGAUCUGAAACACCAAUCUGUUGUUGGGUCAUUGAGGUUUAUUUGAUAACUAUGAAAAGUAAGGAUGUUAACUUGGAGUGUCUCCUUCAGGUUGUUAGAAUGCAAACCUUAAACUAAAUUGUGUUGGUACACUAAUGUUUUACUUGAAGUUUAAAACAGACUGAUCUAAAUAAGGAACUUGAAACUACACUAGACACAGCGGUGUAUUCCAGCCAUUAUUUUGUGGCUGCUUUUACAAAUGAUCUUUGCCGCUAUCAAUUAUUGCUCUCUCUCUCUUUUUUUAAAUGGAAAUCCAUCUCUUAAAAAGGUUGUUACCAGAGCAUCAAUGGUUCUUUCUUCUGUCAACGUUUGAUACACUCUGGAUAAUCCCUUUUCCUUUUCAAAAUAAACAUGUUUAAAAUGUG